AUGGCUGCCCCACCUAUGCCAGAUAUUCUUCCAUUCCCUACUCAAGUUGAGGUCUCAAGGUCAGAUGGCGAUACGCCUGCUGCUUCAUUUCUUCCUGGUCUUUCAUUUCUUCCUGGUCUUACACCGUCUCGCGCCAAAUCCGUGAGAACUGGAGCCUGGAUGCUCAACUACGCUCCAGUUAACUCCCCUUUGGUAGCUUACGAUGGCACGAUGCGUGUCGAAACCAUUCCUGGUGGCCGGAGAGCGAGUGGAGACCUCUACCAACGGCCGCUCAAGGUCCCAUUUCCAUUUCCUAGACCAGGAAAUACUAUUCAAUUGCUCCCUCCACCAGACCCUGCAAAUGGUAUUCCAGUCCAAGCCAUCAGCAGAUAUCGCUACUACCUCCGCGUUACCAAGAUCCUUGAAAACGUAACAAUUGCGAAUUCAUUUGAACUUGGAUUCCAAAUGUUUCUAUUUACUCCGACCUCCAAUGGUGCUGGGACUUGGUCCCCUCCAGCGACAUCUGCCAUUAAUUGCACUGCAACUAUGACGUGGACGCCAGCACCAGCGGGUUAUCCAUCCUCCAGUGACUACUUGGAGGGGGAGUUGAAGCAAGAUGGUACCAAUGUUACCAUGGGUCAUCUGAAGAUGGGGUGGCUUUCUAAAUUCCUUCGCAAAGCCACGAUUGAGAUCGACACUGUAGCAGAAUCGGAACAACCCGUGGAUAGUGGAAAUGGCCAUAACUGGGAGACUGUCGGAGAGUCAAUGGGAUACGAUCUCAAGAUCGACCUCAGUGAACGCAAUAUCCCAGAGGCAAGUGGUGAGCGCUGGGCCGAUAGCGAAAUGAAUAAUGCCAUGAUUAAUCACCGCGAACGGAUCAGCCUCGAUGAUGAGUGGCAUUAUCAUAUUCUUGCCGUUCACUUUAUUGACUCCACUCCCCGGGGCAUUAUGUAUGAUUCUGGUGCGACUGAUUCAAAUCACGUUCCUCGUGAGGGCCUCGGAAUCUCGACACACUGGAUCAUCGACCCUGAUUGGGGGACUGUGGGCAACAUGCGAUUUGGUCUGGCUAAAGCACCGCAUUUCCGUACAGCAGUUCAUGAGCUCGGACAUGCUCUUGGUCUCCAGCAUAACACCAUCGAUCGGGGUUUUAUGAAUACCAGCGAUAUGAUUGCUGCUGCUGGGACCGCAGCUAACCCGUUUCCCAACAACAUCAAAUGGUCCUUCGCUGAUAACGAUCUCAAGCGUCUUCGUCACUGGCCAGAUAUUUUUAUCCGUCCAGGGGGUGUCCCAUUCGGGAGUGCAAACGAUUUUGUCCCUCUUCUAGCCCCUGACGAUCGUGCCCUAUCACUCGAUAUACCCGAUCUAAGACUCACGGUUACUCCACUGCUUACUGAGGUUCCACUGGGUGCACCAGUCCGCGUGGCGCUCGAACUCACUAAUACCAGCGACAAGGCAGUCAAAAUCCCAGCGAGAAUCGAUCUGAAAUCCACUUGCAUUUGUGGCGUGGUGAAAGAUCCAAGUGGAACACAGCGCAGUUUCAGAUCGAUUAUAGGGUGCGUGGAUGCCGAGCCGUUGACUGAUCUUGAACCUAAGAAGUCAGUCACCAAAUCCUUGACCCUGCUGCGUGGUGGUGAUGGAUCUUUGUUUCCAAUCUCUGGUGUUUCCGAGGUUAUAGUUACCCUGCGCUGGGCUUUGCCUCCAACUGGUGAGGUUGGCCCAAUACCCGAGGCCGUUGUGCAAGGGAGCACGACGGUGUUCAUUACUGGGGCACGCACUGGUGCUCAUGCUAAGGCCGCCCAUAAGAUGCUCACUACACCUGAUGCUCAUUUGGUUCUGGCAUUUGGAGGGUCUCAUCUUAGUUCUGGGAUUGAAGCCCUAGGGGUUGCCGUUGAAGACGAUGUGUUGGGUCCGCACUGGAGUGUGGUAAAUGCAAAGGUACUGGCUAAAGAUGGGGAAAAGGAUUAUGGUAGGCAGCUUUUGGAGGACAGGGACCAGUAUGUCUUGACUGUCGAUGAAGAGCAAAAGCUGGAGCGUCUUUUGCAAUAA